AUGAUGAUCAAAGUGAAAACAUUAACUGGCAAAGAAAUCGAAGUUGAUAUCGACGGUACUGAUAAAAUCGAGCGUAUCAAAGAACGCGUCGAAGAAAAGGAAGGAAUUCCCCCAUCACAGCAACGUCUCAUCUUCGGCGGCAAACAAAUGACAGAUGACAAAACAGUUAAUGAAUACAAUGUCAAUCCUGGCAGUGUACUUCAUCUAGUCUUAGCGUUACGUGGUGGAUGGUAA